UUUGUGUUUCUCAUUUGUUGCGGAGAGUAUCCGCGGUAAGGUCUGGGCCUUAGUGCAGCGUGGGACGGAGUCUUCAGUCCAGGAGCUCUCGAGCUGCCACCGCAGGUGCCCUAACUGGCUAAUGGGCUAGUGGGAAAGAGCGGGAGCCGCUACCAGCCUUUCUUAAAUACUCCAGCCCGCUCCGGGGUCACCUGAGGUCGCGGGCCCUGAGCGGGCGGUGCUUUGCUGUCAGAUGCGGGAAGAGGGUGCAUUGCAGGUUUCCUCCUUUAGUCUUGGCAUUUCUCGCCGAUUUCUUUCUCACUUCCUCUUACUCUAGCUCCCAAGGUAUCCUGACCUCUUGUUUAUAUUCAUAUCUCUAGCAUCCAUUCAUAUAUUCAUUCAUUCAGCCAAUUUUUAAUCCAGCAUUUACAAAUGCAGAUACUGUUUUAGGAUUACAAAAGUGAACAAGUCAGAUAAAACUCCCUAUCCUCAUCGAGUCUAGGAGCCUGCAUUUUAGCGCGAGUAGUACUACAAUAAAUGAUGGUUGUGAUAUAUAAAGAACUAAUGCACCAUACUGGAAAGUGAUAAAGUGCCUAGAGAAGAAUUAACAUAAAGCAAGGUAAAGUAUUUCAGGACUAGAAGGAGAAAGUAGGUUGCAAUUUUAAAUAAGGUAAAGUAGACCUCCCUGGGAAGAUGACAUAUAAGCAACAUUUGGCAAUAGCUUGAAGUGAACAGACCAGCUAGUAGAAAGGCCUAAGAUGGAAAUGUGCCUGGAAUGGGGGGGGGGGGGAUAAAAAAUAAAUAAAGGUCAUUGUGGCUGAAUGGGAUUCAAUGAAGGGGAGAAUAGUAGAAGAGGAUGUCAGAGAUAAUGGUCACAUCCUAUAGACUGCUAAAAGACUUGAAGCUUUUAUCUUGGGGGAGCAGAAGAGUUAAUGCCCUGUGCCAAAAGACUUCAGCUUUCAUUUCAGUAAAAUUGGAGAGUCUUGAGCAGAGAUGAAAUGACCAACUUAAGUUGUAACUGGAAUGUUCAGACAGCUGUAUUAAGAAGAGAAAAGGAAGGCAAGGAUAGAAGCAAGGAGAGUGGUUAGGAAGCUAUUGAAGUAAUGGAAAGAAGGAAUGAUAAUAAUGGUUGCUCAGGCCAAGGUGUUAGCAAUGGAGAUUGUAUUGUAGGAAUAUUAACACUUUCAAUUUGUCUUUCUGUGCUCCCUCAUCUCCACAGAUGCACCAAGUCCUCAAUGAUUCUGUUUUAUUCCCCUUCUCAUGGUCACUCUCCUCUCUUUUUGCUCUCCUUCACCGAAUAUGUAGAAAAGCAAGAUGUGAGUUCACACCUGACUUUUGUUGAUGAUGAACCUGAAAUCCAGAGCAAUGUUUAAAACAUCAAGUCAGAUAGCAGCUGCACUGUAAGUCAAGGAGUUUCCUUUUGCUGGUACCACCAAGAUUUGUGUCCCCAAAAGGAGACUGGCAAAUACAGAAGCCAUUUCAUUACUAUUUGUUUGGAAACUAGAUCUGACCAUCAAGAAGAAAAUAAGGACAGUGGUAGAAGACUAUAAAAGAAAGCUGAGUAAAAAGAUGCAGCAGGUAAGAAGAGGGGAGGCUACAAUAUACAUCACAAGGAGGAGAAAAGAGAAGUUGUGCUCUCAGAUGAGAGUCCAGGAUCACCAUGCCAGCUACUUUGCAUUCCCAGCAAUACCCAGCUCCUUCAGAAAAAAGUUCUACCAGCUUCUCAAUAUCCUGUCUUCACUAAAGAUGGAAGUCAAGAAAACCUACUAGAAACAGAUGCCACACUGAUGAGCUGGGCCCAAGCAUCGCUAACAUUUGAGGAUAUAGCUGUGAACUUCUCUAGUAAGGAGUGGCAGAGUCUGACCUAUUUUCAAAGGCAUCUCUACAAAGAUGUGAUGUUGGAAAAUUAUGGAAACAUGGUAUCCCUUGGAUUUUCAUUUCCUAAACCUCCUUUGAUCUCCCAUCUGGAGCAAGAAGCAGAGCCAUGUGUUCAGGAUCUACAGUACGGGAGGUUCCUGAGCUGCUCCUUCCCAGUACCAACAGGCAGGAUUUGGCCUGGGAGUGAGAAGGCACCUUCAGAACAAGAAGUAUUUGAAAACAGAGAAGUCUUCUGGGUGAAAUGUAACAGUCUUCUAAAUAUUGUUUCCCAGGAUCCUGAAGUUAGAGAAGUUUGUAUGCAGGAUGUCAAACUAGAAAAUCAAUGGGAAACAUUCGUAAGGGGAGAACUGAGAGAAGUGAGAGAAGGCUCUACAGAAGUGACCUUCAAAAAGGGAAAGAACCAGAAGGUACUUAAAAAAAUCUUUAAUUCAAACUCAAAACAUAUUUCAUAUAAUAGAGUGUUUACAAAGCAAAAACUUCAUGAAUAUACGAAAUGUGACAAAAAAUUCAGCUGGCAUUCAGACCUAAUUCUCCUUGAUCAAAUUCAUUCUGGUGAGAAAUCCCAUGUCUGUAAAGAGUGUGGGAAAGCUUUCAAGACCAGAAAUCAAUUUUCUGUACACUACAUAAUCCACACAGGAGAGAAACCUUUUAACUGUACACACUGUGGGAAAGCCUUCAACAGCAGAUCAGCUCUUUGCAGACAUAAAAAAAUCCACAGUGAAGAGAAGCCUUAUGAGUGCCAGGACUGUGGGAAGGCCUUCAAGACCAGGACACGUCUCAGUGUGCAUCAGAUAGUCCACACUGGGGAGAAGCCUUACAAAUGUAAUGACUGUGGAAAGGACUUCCAGUUUAAGCAUUCCCUUAUUGCCCAUGGCAGAAUCCAUACUGGGGAUAAACCAUAUGAAUGUGAGGAGUGUGGGAAGGCUUUCAGAGGGAGUUCAGAUCUCACCAAACACAAAAGAGUCCACACUGGGGAGCGACCUUAUGAGUGCAACAAGUGUGGGAGGGCCUUCAGUCAAAGCUCAGACCUAAGCAAACACAGAAGAGUCCACACUCAGGAGAAACAUUUUGGGUGCCCUCAGUGUGGAAAAGCCUUUAGUAUCAAGGCAGAUUUCAAGAAGCAUAGAAGAAUCCACAAUGAGGAAAAACCUUACAAGUGUGAGAAGUGUGGAAAAGCCUUCCGUCAUAACUGUAAGCGCAGGGCUCAUGAACUAGAACACACAGGGAAGAAGCCCUAUCCAUGUGGAGAUUGUGGGAAAACUUUCCAGGAUAGGCACUGCCUUACCAUCCAUCAAAGAAUCCACACUGGAGAGAAACCUUAUAAAUGUUUGGAAUGUGGCAAAGCUUUCAGUGGGAAGUCCAACUUGACCAAUCAUCAAAGAAUUCACACUGGAGAGAGACCCUACACAUGUGAGAUUUGUGGAAAGGCCUUUCAUCAUAAUUCAGUACUGAAGCAACACAAAAGAAUCCACACUGGUGAAAAGCCAUAUACGUGCUAUGAGUGUGGCACAUCUUUCCGUCAGUACUCAGCUUUAACUGGACAUAAGCGACUUCAUACUGGAGAGAAACCUUAUGAAUGUGAGGAGUGUGGCAAAGCUUUCAGGGUGAGCUCCAAUCUUACUGGACAUAAGAAAAGAAAACAUUUGAGUAUGGAGAAGCCAUGAGCUUGAUGAGAAUGGGAAAUCCCUCUCUCCAGUAAACAUUUCCCAGACCUUCUCAGUAAUCAGUAUUUUGACCAUUCAUGCCAGAUUAUAAUGAUUCUGUUGUUUACAACUUUCCAUUUCCUUACCAACUCUUAGACUGGUCCUUCUUGUUCUCCUACAUAGGGUUUUCCUGACUGCUAAUUGUGAGACACGCCCACCCCCCCAGAGGCUUUAUCCUUUCUUUAUCUUACGUAUUCACUAAAUUUAUAAAAGAAAGAGAUGAACAAUGGGUUACUCAGCAUUUCUCAAAAUUUCUUGAAAGUGUUUUAUAAGUUAGUGUUCUUAAAAACAAUUAUAUAUUUUUUUGUUUGUUUUUCAGUGAGCACAGUCACUUUCAAGGGUUUAAUCAAACUUUUUUUUUUUUUUUGGGGGGGGGGGGA